UUCCCGAUUGGGGCUUGACCGAAGCCGGGGCUCACUGGCCAUGGUGCGCAAGAAGGCCCGCGAGGCGCCCGCAGGCGAGGCGCCCCCCCCGGCUUCCGCGCCGAGUCCUGGUCGGAGCUGGACGCGGUGGGCGGCUGGGGCUGUGACAGCACUGGCCGCAGCCCUGCUGCUGGCUUCGAGACAGCCGACACCAGAUGUGAUUGAAUCCGCACGUGGGGCACCUGACCAAGCCUUCGCCAGCGCGGCGAUUCCUUUGGUCCGGAAGUUUGUGAAGUCCAAGUACAAGGACUAUGGCCAGGGCAAGGUGACUCUUCGGCAUUUGAAGGAGCACAUCGUCAAAAAGUCAAAGCUUGGUUUGACCUACGAGGAUCUCCGAGACGAUCGUUACUCUGCGAUCAUCGAAGAUGAAGUGGAUGCCAUUGUGGCCAGAUGUGAUGGCGGCAAGAAUCCAUCCAGCUGUGUGGAGUUAGAUGCUUAG